UGUGGCGGUAGGGGAGUUUGCCGUGCCCUCUUCACCAACUUACAAAGCAAUUCUGGAAUAACAACGCGAUUGCCAACGCAGAAAAAUGAUCAGAACUGAAAAUAUGGCAGCUAUGCCUCGGCCUCGGCAAGAAAGCGAUACAUUUUGCAGGCAAGGGAGAAGCCAGUUUGGAAAUACGAAAGUGGCCGCCAACACUGACAAAUUUAUUCAAGACUUAAAUUGUCCUCCAAUCACUCUGGAAUGGAAAGACAUUACUUUCUCUGUCGAAACAAAGACAGGAAAGCGAGCGCUGCUGGCUCGCAUGUACGGGAGGGCAUUACCCGGAACGCUCACCGCCAUCAUGGGUCCAUCAGGAGCUGGCAAGACCACGCUUCUCAAUGUCCUUUCCGGUCACUACCACGAAGGUUACGAAGGUGAAGUUCACGUCAACGGCUAUCUUCGAGAUGUGAAGCUGUUCAACAUGCAGAGCUGCUACGUCAUGCAGGACGACUGCUUACUACAAGAUCUGACAGUACGCGAAGCCCUCACCAUGAGUAUAGAGCUGAGAACCUCGUCGAAUGGAGACCAAAACACGUCGCAUCUCGUAAUGGAAUUGAUCGAGCGUUGGGGGCUCGAAGAGUGCGCAGAUACGUUGACUAGAAAUCUUUCGGGUGGGGAGAAAAAGCGCCUCGCCAUUUCACAAGAGCUCAUCAGUAAUCCAUCGGUGAUAUUUCUCGACGAACCUACCAGUGGCUUGGACAGCAGCUCAGCUCUGCGCUGUGUCCGGGUCCUCAAAUCGCUCGCUGCAUCAGGGCGCACAGUGGUAUGCUCGAUUCACAACCCUAGUGCUCGACUGUUCUCACAUUUUGACAACCUUUACACGCUUUCGAGAGGGAGGUGCAUAUACAGUGGCUUAGUAGAGCAGCUACUGCCAUUCUUGGAGUCUCAAGGCAUUCACUGCCCGGCGUUCAACAGCCCAUCUGAUUUCAUUACAGAGAUAGCUUCUGAAGAACACGGAGAGUUGACAACCAAGUUAUCCGGUUUCUUCAUUCCUGAUGAUUCUUCCAUAAUUCAUGAAAACCGGCGUGAUUCGUUGACUCUCACCAGCUACGGUGGACGAAUAAUGAGUGCUAAGGAGAAGGAGGAAGGGAAACGACAGUAUGAAGCACGAACAAUGUACUACAAGCAGUUCAAGACUCUCCUAAAAAGGAGCUUCCUCUGCGUAGUGAGAAACAAGGCCACUUGCGGCGCACGCCUGCUGGUUAGCCUGUUCUUCGCCUUUCUUCUCUCAGUUAUGUUCUACGACUCGGGCAACCGGGCAGCGCGAGUGCGUGACACGAUGACAAUGUACCUCGUGGCGUUGCUGAUGCUGCUCGUCGAAUACGCCGCCACGACUUUCAUAACAUUUCCUCUGGAGAUCGAUGUUCUGCUAAGGGAGCAGAGAAACUGCUGGUACCGCCCAAGUUUGUAUUUCGUGGCGCGAAUGCUUUCGCAAGUGCCGCUAACGAUUGUUGGUCCGGUGAUCAUGAUGACUAUUGUACACUGGACGACGUCUCAGCCUAUGGAGUUCCGGCGCCUUGCCUUCGUCCUACUUUUCUCCAUCCAGUUUGCUUCCACGAGUGAAAGCAUUGGUUUCGUCUCGUCUACUCCGUUCAGUCUUGAGGUUGCCACGCUGGUUGGACUGCCUGCUGCGACUCCGUCAAUAUUGUUCUGCGGCUACUUUGUGCGUCCCCGAUAUCUGUUCCCGGCCAUCAGGUGGCUCACCUACACCUCGCAUAUGUUCUACGUUCACCGUGCCAUCAUGUUCGCUUUGUACGGUGGUGGAAGGGGCGAGCUGAAGUGUGACGAACGGGACGGCGACGUGCUUUGUGUGCCCGUCGAGGGUGAGGCGGUGCUAGACAUGAUGGAGGCGAGGGACGUGGACCUGCUUGCUUACUCGUUGACGGUGUUUGCUAUAGACAUAUUAUUGAAAUUUAUCGCUUUCAGUCUUCUUAAGUGGCGAUUACGUUGCAACAAGUGAGCCCUGCUUAGCUGCAGUAAAAACUUGAGUGUUACUUGGCCUUCAACAAAUAAAAAUGCGCCAAAGAAAAAAAAUAUUCGGUUCUACGGAUGACCUGAGAAGAGUGGUAUUCUCGUUUACAUACUGCGGUGCCGUGUUACGAAUAAUAUUUCCUGCGUGGUGAUGCAUUGCAAGUAUCGAAGGGUACAAUGGUAUCAAAAUUGCGAGCAAGAAACUGACGUGAUCCUCCUGGAUACGGCUUCCCUAGGUGGACGAUGAGUUGUUUCUUUAGGUAAAAACUGGCUGACUUCCUCAAACACUUUAAUUUUUUUAUACUUCCAUGCCGGAUUUUUCUGGAAUAAGGAAAGGAAAGUGUUCUUCCAAACGCUUCAAGGGUUUGUAUUGAUCGCCAAGAGUGCGCAGUGGGAGCCGAUUCUUGCUGACUCUCAUCAGAGCAGGAAGGAUCUGCUGCCACUCAGUCUUUGUCAUCAGAUAAAACACUCGAACAAACAGGUAUAAUCUUAAGACGCAAUCGACGUUUUAGUAUGAUUUGGGCUGCGUACUUCAUCCAUACCGGACAUAUACUCGGCUUAAAUCCUCAGCGUGAUUCUACUGACCCUACGUCCUACCGAUUUUCCUUGCCCACAUGUGGGGAAGGGAAGGCGGCAAGGCGAAAGGACUCUAGCGAACACUUCACUCAAACUCCUCCAUGCCAUGCUCAGGCGACUUUCCGUGCAGCACGUUCACGCAUCUUGGGAAUUUCCCAUCCCCUAAGGACCCCGUGACGUGUUACCAGCAACUACAGCUCGGACAAUGAGCCAUGUGUAAAAUAAA